AUGGGCUACGGCGUCGGAAACUACCAGACCGCCGACCGCGGUGACUUCACGAGCAUGUCCUCGGGGCGCCGCGACCGCAGCCGCAGCCGAAGCCGCGGUGACCGCGGUGAUCGCGGCCGCUCGCGAUCUCGCUCGCGCUCUCGCUCGCCGCCGCGCCGCCGCAGCGCGUUUGGCGAGAUGACACAGGAGGAACGCGCCGCGGGCAUACGGGCUGCGAUGGAGCUGGCAAAGUCGAAGGGCAUCGGGAUGGCUGUCGGUGCUGCCGCCGGGCUUGCAGACAGCGGCUUUGUGGGCGCUGGACAAGACCUCGGGCCGCCCGUCGGCGGCGCGGGCGGCAUGGGCGGCGCGGGCGGCAUGGGCGGCAUGGGCGGCAUGGGCGGCAUGGGCGGCAUGGGCGCUGCCGCCGCGUUCCGCCCGCCUGACGAGCCGCCGCCGCCUCCGGGCAAGAUGAUGGGCACCGUGAAGAACUUCAACCUCGAGAAGGGGUUCGGGUUCCUGCUCCCGGACGGAGGCGGCGAGGACGUCUUUGCGCACAGCAAGCAGCUGCUCGACGGCAACGCGCUCCGCCCCAACGCACGCGUCUGCUUCCGGACGGAGUUUGAUCCGGCAAAGGGCAAGACGCACGCCGUGGAGGUGACGGGCGCGUACAACGACCCGUCGCGCCCCGCCGCCAGACCGCCCCAGCCGGGCGGCAUGAACGGCAGCUUUGGCGGCGGCGGCAGCUUCGGCGGCGGCGGCAGCUUCGGCGGCGAGUGCUACCGCAACACCGAGUACAUGCUGCGCACCUGCUGCCUCUCCUGCUCGCCGGACUACGACGACCCGUGCACGCACAACCCGACUGAGCGGCGCGCGGUGGCGGAGUACCCGCAGUAUUCUCCUCGUGUGCUCUCGCGGGACCCGUGGGUGGUCACCUUCGACAACCUUCUCUCCGACGAGGAGACGGACGGCAUCGUCGAGGCAGUGGGCGGGAAGAGCGGCGAGUACCUCAAGCCGUCCACCACCGCAAAGGCGACGCGAGGCAAGGACGGGCGCGUCGUGCUGCAGGACGUGCCCGACCAGAUCCGAACCUCGUACAACGCCUGGUGCCAGCACCCGGGCUGCUACAACCACCCGGUGCACGAGCGCGUCAUCGAGCGCAUCAUGGACAUUGUCGGGCUGCCGCAGAACAACGCAGAGCACAUGCAGCUCCUCAAGUACCACCCUGGCGAGUACUACCGCCUCCACCACGACUGGAUCCCCGAGCAGCUGCAGGCGCUCUGCGGCCCUCGCGUCUUCACCUUCUUCCUCUACCUCUCCGACGUCGACGAGGGCGGAGGCACCCAGUUCCCGUACCUCAACCUGACCGUCAUGCCCAAGCGCGGCUCUGCGGUCUGGUGGCCGCACGGCCUCGAGGACAACCCGUGGAAGAAGGACGACCGGACGCACCACGAGGCGAUGCCCGUCCUACAGGGCGUCAAGAUGGCGGCAAACUACUGGAUCCACGUCGACGACUUCAAGCAGGCGAUGGCGCUCGGCUGCGACGGGCGGCAGGGGCAGCCGCGCCGCAUCUGGCGCAAGUGAUGUCGGCUGCGCGCCGGCCGCACACACGCCUGCACUCGCGCGAUCGUGGUCUGUGUCAAGUCGUCUCUAGUAGAGUGAGUCUCUAGGUGAGAUAGGCGUGGCGUGGCGGAAUGCUGUGAGUAGAGGACGGCUCUCUCCAGGGCAGCGCCGGAGAGGCCGUAGGCGCGCAAGAUGAGGGGGCUCUCGCACCGCUCCGUGACGCUCGCUAGACCGAGAGAGGCGCAGCUCAGUUCUGUGGGUGUGGCGUGGGAGAGUUUCGUGCUGAUUAUUACACUUUA